GCAUUCUUACAACCAACGCAUGUCAGGAUUGCACUCAUAAAUGAUCAUCUCCUUGUAUUUGGUUCCAAUUUGUGUACUUUUAUUACUUGGGGCACCAAAAACCAGUGGAGCAGGAAAAAGUGCAUCGGCGUUUGACAAUGCGAUAAUUGGUCAACCAUAUAUCUCAUGUCAACGUGACCGAAUUGUCAUUGAGGUGAUCACCGAACGAUUGUUCACUGGAAAAGUAUUUGUGAAAGGAGAUUACGCGAAUCCACAAUGUACCAAAACCUUCCGCAAUGGGGUUGCAAGUAGUGGUGGACAUAUUGAAGAUGAGACGUUUUUGGGUACAGUUACGAAAUCGAGAGAGCCUUAUGUGGAAGAUCACUUGAAAGCGAGUAGAGGAUCAUCUGAUUCAAAAAUUUCGAAUCAAUAUCAGAACCAGAAAGCCACAUCGAAUACCAAUUUCGAACAUGCUUCAAAAUCUGGAACUGACCUUGGAACUAAAUCCAAAACUUUCCACGAAAACGACAUCAACAGUGCUCCAGACAUUGCCGAAACUUUCCUUCUCCCACGAAAAAACGAGACGACUUCGGAUACAGACGAAGGUGAAUGGAAGGGCAUUGGUGGAGCAUCUGCAGGCGGAAAUGCAAUUUUCGGUGGAACAAGAGGAGAAGAACUACGCGUUUUUGGAAAAUCUGUGACUUCAUCUUCAACGAGAAGUCGACCAGGGAGCACCUUACCCCUCUCAACCUCCUCAUCCCCCGAUUGUCCACCUCUCACAACUUGUGCUCCGUGUGCUUGUGAAGAGCGUAGAACUCGGCGAGCAACUAACUCAAUUCGCCUGGAAGUUCCCCUUAACUCCUGCAAUACAAAAAGAGAUCGUAAGCUAAAUCCACCAUCAGUUGUUGUAUCCCUGAUCGCAGUCGUCUCAUUUCAUGAUAGCUUCAUUACAAAACUCGACAAAGCUUAUCACAUUCAAUGUGCUUAUGCUGAAGCUGAGAAAACAGUCAGUACGGAUUUAGAUGUCAACAUGACUGACGAACAAGAAAUCAAUGGAACCGUUGAACCACCCUCCUGCGACUACUUGAUCUCUGAUCAGAAUGGAAACUCUGUUCAAAACAGUCUUGUUGGAGAACUGGUUCGACAUCAAUGGGUCUGUAAAGGAGGUUUAACUAAUAAACUAAAAAUGUUGGUGCAUCAAUGUUAUGUGAAAGACGGAGCAGGUCAACAAUUUGAAGUAAUCGAUCAACAUGGAUGUACACUUGAUCAAUUGAUGCUUCAAACACCAACAUAUUCUGAAGAUGGAAUGAGUGCACAAGUUGAUGCAUAUAUAUUCAAGUUUCCUGAUAGAUCAACCGUUGAUUUUCGAUGUACAAUUACUUUUUGUUCUGUGGAUGAUGCUGAGUGUCUCGAUAUGACGCCUCCAAAAUGCGGCGCGAACAAUAAUUUGCUACGAAGAAAAAAGAGAUCAUCACACGGAUUGUCUUCAAUGUCUCUACAUGCAAAUAGUCUUACUGUAUUUGACAUUGAUUCAUCAAAAACUGAUACAAAUCAACUACUACCAACACCUGCAUUAUUACGGAAAACAUUUGAAGAAUACGAGAGAACUUUCUGUGUUUCUGUUGCAAGUUUUGGAAUACUUAUAUCUGCUUCAACGUUCUUUGCAACUAUUUCAAUUGCUGUAAUUUUUUCUUACUUUUUCCUUCGUUUCAAUCACAAGCUCUCUAUUGAUGAUGGAUCUUCAUUUUAGUUUUUUCUUUGUUUUUCUCUACAUGUUUCGGGUUCUAUUUUUUAUUAUACAGUUAUUCAUAAUUAAUAAAUAAUUGCAAUAAAACAA